CACACAGUGCCCCCACAGUGAAGUUACUUGUAUUAGGAGUUUCCUGUCUCAGGUAAAAUGAGCUCACCUUUGUCGAUGCUGAAGAAAACGAGGCGCGCGCCACUACAGGGCCCUGUGAGUGAUCAAGGGGGCAGACCUAAAGUGCCUUUCAGGAGGAAUCUGCUAAAAGAGGUUCAGUCAUCAUUGGCUGAUGAUGAUAAAUCCUCUGAUCUAAAUCCUCCCCCAACCUCUCACACUCCAGCAGAUGAUGCCUCCACUUCAAAGUCAAAAGCACCAUUAAAGAAAGGUGCUGCACCAAGCGACUUUGAGCUGAUGUCGGCUGCGCUGCAGCGUGUGUGCCUGCUGGAGAAAAAAGUGAGAAGCCAAGCAGAGGAGAUCAAGAGCAAGGAUAAAAGGAUUUCCGUGUUGGAGAAAAAACAGAAGCUUCUGAAACAAUUGGAGAGCACGCAUGAUCAGAGCAGCACAGACGAUCUCAAAAGAAGGUGCCAGCAGCUGCAGAAUCAAGUGUGUGAGAUGGAGAGCUUCUUAAAUGACUAUGGUUUGAUCUGGGUGGGAGAUGGGGAAGGCAGUGACUCAGCUGAAAGUGAGCAGUCAGAGAGAGGCGUCUGGCAGCCAGACACCUCCGUGGUCAGAAACUUCCACAUGAACUUUGACCUCGUGCUGCAGAGGAUCGAGGAGCUGAACAGCCUGGCAGGGGAUGGAGAGAGCUUUGUACAGUCGACAGCCACGGGGGCACAGCUGGCAAAGAAGGAUCCUAUUCAGCUGAGCCUCUACAGCAACGGCAUUGUCAUGUUUGACGGGCCUUUCCGCUCUUAUCAGGAGCACAGCACCCAGCGAUGCAUGCAAGAUCUGAUGGAUGGGUAUUUUCCAUCUGAGCUUCAAGAAAGGUUUCCAGAUGGUGUGCCUUUUGAGGUUCAUGACAGGCGAGAUGAAGAUUUUAUCUCCAGGCUACCGUGGAGUAAGUUUCCUGGUGAGGGUCAGGCUGUUCGUGGGAAGAAAGAUGAACCACUGAACGACGGCAGUUCUCAGUUACCAGGCAAGAAGUUGAGCAUGCAUCAGUUCCUGAACAAGUUACCAAAGGUGGUCGUGAAGGCUGGUCGUGUUAUUGAUAUCAGGGGCUCAGUGAAGGCCGCCCUGCAGGGUUCAUCUGAUGCCCAGAGCAGCAACUCAGUGAUCCUUGUAGACACGCCGGCACUGCAAGCAAUCAAAGAAAGACUGCAGACGUCCAGCCCUGACCGGCCUUCAUCCGCCCGUGAUGUCAUCACACUCAAGGUGAAGUCAGAAGAUGGGAAUCAUACUUACAUGCUGAAAAUGUGCUUCUCAGAAACAAUCGGCCACCUGCGGCAGCAUCUGGACAAACACAGAGGGAGUGGUCUCCCUGAUUAUGACAUUAUCAGUGCGUACCCACAGUGCUGCUACGACGAUGACCACCAGACGCUCCAAUCAUGCGGUCUGAUGUCUAAUGCUACUCUGCUGCUGCGAAAGAAGCAACGCUCUCAUUCAUUGACUGAAGAGAAUAAAAUAAACCUAUAGGUUACAUCUCAGCCGUCUGCACAGCACAGGUGUUUGUAUUAACAUUAACUAUGUGCUCUAUUCAAGUGUCCCAUUAAAGCUACAGUUGGUAACUUA